AUGUCGAUGUCACACACCGCCCUUUUAUCUGCCCCAGAUCCCUCGGGCCCCGAUCUGAAAAGCGAUCGAGGCCAACUUCGCCAUCGUUGUGGGCUGUGUUCUAAGACCGGUGUCAAACUAUUGAGGUGCUCAGCCUGCCAUGCAGUUCGGUACUGCAGCCGAGAUCACCAGAGCGAACAUCGUUCACAGCACAAAUCAAGCUGUCGUAACAUCAAGAGGCUCCGUGCUGACCUCGACAAAAGAGACCAAGCGAUCCGGAAUCCCACUGCUGGUUCUCCAAUCCAAACCAAUGCCUUUGAAACCCAUGUCGGUCGUUUCACGGAGUUUGAUCACACCGAUGAUUACAUGUCAGUACGAAUGUCGUUGUUAGAUGCUCUUCGGAGACAGGCGACAUUGGACGGUGUUUCGGAAGCUCUUGAACACCUGCAGGAUAUGCUCCGUCUCGACAGAAGCGAUGAAUUCUGGCUACGCGAUCUCGCACCACCACUGAUGCUGCAGCUUGACAAGGACCAAGAAUGUUAUGACUUUCUCAAGUGGUGGUUGAUGGUGAACCCAAAGGAUGACGAGGGUGCCCAUGACUGGGUCAAGGACCCACCAUUUCUCAACAUCAAAGAUGCCAGCGUUCUAGAAGACGUCAAAUACAUCAGCGCCGAGUCUGUGGAUGUCCACCAUCUUGCUGCAGUCGUGUUGCUCAAGAUGAAGCUUCUUGUCGAUCUAGUCAACAUCAGGCUUACCCGCCGUGUUCUCAAGGGUCGUCUUCCGACUGAAGUCCUGGGUAUCAUUGCGUACCAUGCGGUCAGAAGCCCGAUCAGUUGCAAGUGGGUGAACAAGAACGAGUGUGACCUCAUCGACAUACAGCAAACAUUACAGAUGCAGAUCAAGAUCCUUGCAAUGAUCACCAUGCGUUGCAAUCGAGCCUUUCCGCAUCUGAUCUUCGAGGUUAACCGACACGUGUCGACACCGCUGGACGACAACCACCCUCUGCUUUUCUUUGAGGAAAUGGUAUCGUUAGUGCAACAUAGCUACCCAGCUUGGUGGCAGCAUGAUGGUGUAUUGGAGCUACUCCAGUCUGCAAGACAAACCGCAAGCAAGGUAUUGGACGAUGAGAUCGAGAGUAUGACGCUGUCGCGAUCUCCUUAUCUGAAAACCAAUCAGGGAACCAGACGCAAAGACGAAUAUCUUCUGUUUCUUGCUAGUUGCCACCGACUUUGGUAUUAUUUAGAUGCCGUUGUUGAGGAUGUUGUCAGUUUGAACACCGAGGAGGAAGCCGUCAGCUCGAAAAAGUUUUACUCUUCUGAUGCGGAGAGAGAAAAAUUGAGGGUCUGGCUAAAUCGCUCGGGGUCACUGAGUUCAGUCUCUCAGAGCGAUGACAGCAAUAUCAACAGCAACUCUGUCUAA